AUGCCACAGGUUGAUGCUUUAUCUGCUGCUUUAGCUGAUGCUUUAUCCCUCCUGUCACCUACAGAACCAAAUAAAGAGAAGGAAGCCGGAACAGCGCCACCAAAAGAUGAAGAGGAAGCCUCACCGUCCCUUGUCCUGCCUCCAGGUUUGGGUAGUCGGGCCCUGGAAAGAAAAGAUUCAGAAUGGUCUCUUGGCGAGUCACCUGCCGCAGAGGAACAGGACAAGCAGAAUUCCAAUUCUCAGCUGUCCACCCUGUUUGUGGAAAAGCCUCAGACAGGAACAGUGAAAGUUGGCGAAAAUAUCACCUUUAUAGCCAAAGUCAAGGCUGAAGAUCUUCUUAGAAAACCCACUAUCAAGUGGUUUAAAGGGAAAUGGAUGGACCUGGCCAGCAAAGCUGGGAAGCACCUCCAGCUGAAGGAAACUUUUGAAAGGCAAACUCGGGUGUACACAUUCGAGAUGCAGAUCAUCAAGGCCAAAGAGAACUAUGCAGGAAACUACAGAUGUGAGGUCACCUAUAAGGAUAAGUUUGACAGCUGUUCCUUCGAUCUUGAAGUGCGCGAAUCUACCGGGAGUACUCCAAACAUUGACAUCAGAUCUGCUUUCAAGAGAAGUGGAGAAGGUCAAGAGGAUGCAGGGGAACUUGACUUUAGUGGUCUCCUGAAACGUAGGGAGGUGAAGCAGCAGGAGGAAGAGCCCGAGAUAGACGUGUGGGAGCUGCUGAAAAACGCCAACCCCAACGAGUACGAGAAGAUCGCCUUCCAGUACGGCAUCACCGACCUGCGCGGCAUGCUCAAGCGGCUCAAGCGCAUGCGCAGGGUGGAGAAGAAGAGCGCGGCUUUUGCCAAAAUUCUUGAUCCUGCAUAUCAGGUUGAUAAAGGAGGCAGGGUAAGGUUUGUUGUGGAAUUGGCAGAUCCAAAGCUGGAGGUGAAAUGGUUUAAGAAUGGUCAAGAAAUUCGACCCAGUACCAAAUACAUCUUUGAACAUAAAGGAUGUGAGAGAAUUAUGUUCAUCAAUAACUGUAGUCUAACAGAUGAUUCGGAGUAUUACGUGACGGCUGGUGAUGAGAAAUGUUCCACCGAGCUCUUUGUGAGAGAGCCUCCAAUCAUGGUGACCAAACAGCUGGAAGAUACAAAUGCUUACCUUGGGGAGAGAGUGGAAUUAGAAUGUGAGGUGUCUGAAGAUGAUGCUAAUGUAAAAUGGUUUAAGAAUGGUGAGGAGAUCAUCCCUGGUCCAAAAUCAAGAUACAAAGUUAAAGUGGAAGGCAAAAAACACAUUUUGAUCAUAGAAGGAGCAACCAAGGCCGACAGUGCAGAAUAUUCUGUAAUGACAACGGGAGGACAAUCAUCCGCUAAACUUAGUGUUGGCUUGAAGCCUCUGAAGAUAUUGACACCUCUAACUGAUCAGACUGUAAAACUUGGAAAAGAAAUCUGCUUGAAGUGUGAAGUCUCUGAAAACAUAACAGGAAAAUGGACUAAAAAUGGACUCCCCGUUCAGGAGAGUGACCGUCUAAAAGUUGUACACAAAGGAAGAAUCCACAAAUUAGUGAUAGACAAUGCUCUCAUUGAGGAUGAAGGUGAUUAUGUAUUCACACCAGAUGCCUACUCUAUUACCUUGCCUGCCAAAGUUCAUGUUAUUGAUCCUCCUAAAAUCAACCUGGAUGGUCUUGAUGCUGACAAUACAGUGACAGUAAUUGCAGGGAACAAGCUUCGUCUUGAGAUUCCCAUCAGUGGAGAACCUCCUCCUAAAGUUAUUUGGAGCCGAGCAGAUAAGGCCAUUAUGGAGGGCAGUGGCCGGAUCAGAGCAGAAUCUUACCCUGACAGCAGCACUCUGGUUAUUGAUGUAGCUGAAAGAGAAGAUUCUGGUGUUUACAACAUAAAUCUGAAAAAUGAAGCUGGAGAAGCACAUGCAAGCAUCAAGAUUAAAGUUGUGGACAUCCCUGAUCCUCCAGUGGCACCGAAUGUGACAGAUGUGGGAGAUGAUUGGUGCAUCAUGAACUGGGAGCCUCCUGCCUACGACGGAGGGUCCCCCGUCUUAGGCUACUUUAUUGAGAGGAAAAAGAAACAAAGCUCCAGGUGGAUGAGACUGAAUUUUGAGCUCUGCAAAGAAACAACUUUCGAGCCCAAAAAAAUGAUUGAAGGCGUGGCCUACGAGGUCCGUAUCUUUGCCGUCAACGCUAUCGGCAUCUCCAAGCCCAGUAUGCCCUCCAAGCCAUUUGUUCCUUUGGCUGUAACCAGCCCUCCUACGCUCCUGGCUGUUGACUCUGUCACUGACACCACUGUCACAAUGAAGUGGCGGCCCCCGGAUCAGAUUGGUGCCGCAGGUUUAGAUGGCUAUGUGCUAGAGUAUUGCUUAGAAGGAAGUUUAAAAAGUACAUCAGCAAAACUGUCUGAUGAAAAUGGGGAGGCUGCGUAUGAUCUGUCAGCUGAGGACUGGAUAGUUGCAAACACCGAUCUGAUUGACAAGACCAAGUUCACCAUCACAGGUCUGCCCACGGAUGCUAAGAUCUUUGUGCGGGUAAAGGCUGUGAACGCAGCCGGGGAAAGCGAGCCCAAGUACUACUCUCAGCCCAUUCUUGUGAAGGAAAUCAUAGAGCCUCCAAAGAUUCGCAUCCCAAGGCACCUGAAGCAGACCUAUAUCCGCAGAGUUGGAGAAGCUGUCAACUUGGUUAUACCUUUCCAGGGAAAACCAAGACCAGAAUUAACUUGGAAGAAGGAUGGUGCAGACAUUGAUAAGAAUCAGAUCAACAUUCGCAACUCUGACACUGACACCAUCAUAUUUAUCAGGAAAGCAGAGAGGAGCCACUCAGGGAAAUACGACCUGCAGGUCAAAGUGGAAAAAUUUGUGGAAAACGCGUCAAUCGACAUCCAGAUCGUUGACCGCCCGGGGCCGCCCCAACUUGUGAAGAUCGAGGAUGUCUGGGGAGAGAAUGUUGCCCUGACGUGGACACCGCCGAAGGAUGAUGGUAAUGCAGCCAUUACAGGGUACACGAUCCAGAAGGCUGACAAGAAGAGCAUGGAGUGGUUCACCGUCAUUGAGCACUACCACCGAACCCACGCCACCAUUACCGAGCUGGUCAUAGGAAACGAGUAUUACUUCCGGGUCUUUGCAGAAAACAUGUGUGGCCUCAGUGAGAAUGCGACAAUGACUAAAGAGAGCGCCGUGAUUGCCAAGGACGGGAAAGUCUACAAAAAUCCAGUGUAUGAAGACUUUGACUUCACAGAGGCUCCCAUGUUUACUCAGCCUUUGGUCAACACCUAUGCUAUAGCUGGGUACAAUGCCACUCUGAACUGCAGUGUAAGAGGAAAUCCUAAGCCCAAAAUAACCUGGAUGAAAAACAAAGUUGCUAUUGUGGAUGACCCCAGAUACAGGAUGUUCAGCAACCAAGGGGUCUGUACACUGGAGAUUCGCAAGCCCAGCCCCUAUGACGGAGGCACUUACUGCUGCAAAGCAGUCAAUGACCUCGGGACAGUGGAGGUCGAAUGCAAACUGGAGGUGAAAGUGAUAUAUCAAGGAGUAAUUUCCCCUGGAGAACCACUGUUCCUGGAGGGGCAGCAACAGUUGUAGCACAGUGAGGAUUUCUGAAUGUGUGUUACCAUCCGAGGUAAGCUUUCAUAUGGGUUCGGCAUAUGAAGCUUAUGCUGUCAUAAGCCACACAGUGCCUGUGGAGUAUGGCAUGAUUUUCACUAUGCGAUCCGAUGAAAACAGGCCAUUUAAAACAUCUAACUUUGUAGUUUUUAUUUGUAUCUUAGUACCUUGAAAUUAACAACCGGUACUUACUCAGCACAACCAUCUCCUGUUGACGUGAAUGCGGUAGAGCAUGAGGUAAAGCAUUUCAGCUGGAUGAAAAUGCGUGAAACCCAAGCAUCCUGAGCUCCUUGCAUCAGGGAAUGGACAUGUACAUAAGUGGCAUCAUUUCUACCAAUAUGUGACUUGAAACCUUUUUUUAAAAGGAGAAUGACUCUUCCAAAUUUGCACUAAAGCAGUGUUAAGAAUGUUCAAAUGGCAUGCUGCUUUUGUCUGGACGUGAAUUUAUUAGCAAGUAGUGAAGUACUUCUCUAAAGGACCAUGAAUUGUUGUGGUUUCAUGGGUUCUCUUGUGAAGGGUGCUUUUAUUUUUUAAAUAUAAUUCAGAAAUGUGAAAGGUAAGUGUGAACUAUUGGCAGGUAUUUCUCUGACCUGCAGAAGGUAUUGGAUGGGUUUUACUGUUUUUAACAAAAUAUUUCCAAUUUGUUCCACUUUUGACAACGUGUAAGAAGCCAAGGUCCCCUUUUUCUCCAAUGUGCUUGGGUCAGAGCUCUUUGUGCUUAAUUCAAAAGAACGUUAACAGGCGGAAACAUUUCCUCCCGCUGAUUCCUUACAUGGCGCACAUUUUUUUCUGCCACUUAAUCUGUAGCAAAUCCCCAAACCUCUCAAAGAGCAACAAGGACUUCCCACCCCGUUGGGAACUUAAACUAAGAUUGAAUAAUAAAUAGCAGGGAACAAAGGACUUCCACGGUCUGGCCAGAACUUGCUUUUCCUUCUAGAUGUCGAGUGCUUUAAAUUCUGAGUGUGCUAACCCCAGGAAAAGGCGUCGGAGUAGGGGCUGAAUGAACCUUUGUCACUAACUGGAACGUACUUAGUCGCAUUUCCGGGCAGCUAGUCCCCGAGCAUUAUUUCAGCGAUUUUUUCACAUAAGCGGUCUUGACUUUGCCUUUCUUCCUCUGCAGGUGGACUCUCCUUCUGCAGGCUCCUCUUGCAGGGGGUGCCUCCUAACAUUAUCGAGUCCUACAUGCGAGACUUGCACUCGAGCAAUCCCGAGGGCUGCUGAGGGCCGGGCGCUGCCUCGGCGCUCCGCUGCUUUGAAAUCUGGUUGCAGUGAGAAAGCAUUUUCUGUUUUGACACCAGGCACCCAAGUGUGGCCGUUGUUUUGGGGUUUUUUUCCUUCUAAUGUUGAAGAAAGAAAAUGUUUGCACGGAUUGCUUGAUUAAAAAUUGUCAACAAAA